AACAUGCCAAAAGUCCAAAAAGGAAUACAAAAUGCCACACUCCAGCAGAGAAUGCCCAGGAGAAUCAGAACGGCGUGCGCAAUAAUGCCACCGAUAAGAGACACGCUUAUCAAGUGAAUCGCUCGAGAAGCGCAGAGAUGAACGAGGUCCUGAAGGAGCUGGAGAGGGGCAGCUACAUGCACAAGAUCAAACCUGACGGAACCUGGAAUGGAAGGCGGUUCCGAAUCAGCCUCCCGGACUUACAGUUCACCUACAAGCCUUCUUUCAAGGGAUGUUCUUGCAGUGCAUCAACUUGGAGAUUGCAAAGGGUUACUUCAAAUGUUGACUAUCGCAUUGUCUACCACAAUGCAGUGGACAUCCACGAUAUGCAAGAAGUAAGGAGAGGCUGGAAGACAGAUUCUUUCAACAAAGUGGCAGCCAGGAUGCAGCGGGGCGUGAGGGUGCCGCAUCCGAUCGAGGAGAAGACGUGCUUCUCCGUCAUCCACGGGAAACAGGGGAAGUCUCUCGACGUGGUCGCACCGUCCGACAGAAUUCGGGACCAGUGGGUCACGGGUCUCCAGUUCCUCAUCGAGAAGAUCCAGUGCGAGGAGAUGGAAGCCAAACAUGAUCGUUGGCUGAGGAAGCAGUUUGAGGCAGCUGAUGAGAACAAAUCUGGGAGAUUAAAUUUUGAUGAAGUGUGUCAACUUGUUCAGCAAUUGAACAUUGACAUGGACAAGAAGGAAAUCAAGUUGCUUUUUGAUAAAGCAAAUGUGGACAAGAGCAAGGCUGGAGGGAAGAAUUCCCUCAACCAAGAUGAAUUCCUUCAAUUGUAUUAUGUGCUCCUCUAUCGCCCAGAAGUGGAAGAGAUCUUUAGGAAGUAUAGGGGGCAGGAGUUCAUUUCCAUCGAUGGACUUGGAUUGUUCCUCAAGGAAGAGCAAGGGAUGGAAAAUGUGACUUUUGAGGAAUGUGCAGCAUGUAUUGCUGCUUAUGAAACUCGAGAAGAUCUCAAAGAAGCAGGAUAUAUGAGUGCCAAAAGUUUUGCCAAAUUCCUGCAAUCAGAAAUGUUUAAUGUAUUUGGCAAGAGUCAGAAGAUCCUCUGUGAUGACAUGACCCAACCUCUUUCACAUUAUUACAUCGCUUCUUCUCACAACACAUAUCUUAUGGCUGAUCAGCUUACAGGGGACAGCAGCGUGGAGGGUUACAUCCGGGCUCUUCAAGCCGGCUGCCGAUGUGUUGAGUUGGAUUGUCACGAUGGACCAGAGGGAGAGCCCAUCAUCUACCAUGCCUACACUCUGACGUCCCGCAUCCGCUUCAUGGAUGUGAUCAGCGAUGCCAUCAAGGGUUAUGCAUUUGUUGCUUCUCCUUAUCCUCUUAUCCUCUCGCUGGAAGUCCACUGCAGUGAAGAACAGCAGGCCAAACUGGCUCAUCAUCUCGUCACUUUCCUCGGAGAUAUGUUGUAUAAGGAUCCCGUAGAUCCCGAUGCGACUUCCCUUCCAUCCCCCGAAGCCCUGAAGCGAAAGAUCAUCAUCAAGGCCAAGAAACUUCCGGCCGAGUCGGGCGAAGAAGCCGAGGAGCUCGACGGGAUGUCCGGGGACGAGAGAGGGUCGGGUUCCCCGAAUCAGAUUUCUGCCGUCAACGGGAUGAGCAAUGAAUCAUCCUCUCCGGAUUCCUCGCGUGUUAUCUCAAAUCAUAUGUCUGACCUUGUGAACAUUUGCCAAGCGGUCAAAUUCAAGAGCUUUCAGCACUCCCGGGUUUUUGGAAAGCCAUAUUUCAUGUCAUCGUUUAGCGAGGGAAAGGCCACCGAAAUGAUUUUGGCAGAGGAAAGCGAUUUCAUCAACUACAACCAGCGGCAGCUGUGCCGCAUCUACCCGCACGGCUUGCGCACCAGCUCUUCCAAUUACUACCCUCACACUUUCUGGAAUGUUGGCUGCCAAAUAGUGGCCCUGAAUUAUCAGACCCCGGACAAACCAAACACAAUCAAUCGGGGAAUGUUCCGCCAGAACGGGGGCUGUGGCUACGUCCUGAAGCCCCACUUCCUUCGUUCGGGGGCCUACCACCAGGGGAAUGAAACACGGAAGACCUCCAUCGGAUUCGUGUAUCAAGAUGCCGGCCCUGCCGGAGAGUGGAGGGUGGAGAUGAGGCUGGUGAGUGGUUCUUGUCUCCCCAAGCCCAAGGGGAAACUGGAUGGGGAAGUGGUGGAUCCCUACGUUCAGGUUAAACUCUAUGGACAUUCCAAGGACAAGUUCAAGUUCAAGAGCAAGUUUAUACACAAUAAUGGGUUCAAUCCGCAUUGGGAUGAGAAGUUUGAGUUUGUGGCAAGAGUGCCUCAUUUGGCCCACCUCCUCUUCCUUGUCAAGGACUACAAAACCUCAGGGAAAGAUGACUGCCUUGCAGCUUACUCACUCCCCCUCACCUGCCUACAAUCUGGUUACCGCUGCAUUCGGCUGGAGGACUUGAGCGGCAACCCGCUUUUUCCUGCAUGCAUCUUCAUCCACACAAUCAUCAAGACCAACUGAGUCAGGUCUGCUCGUCUCGCUGCCACUCUCAUUUCUCGUCUAUCCUCACGACCAGGAACGAGUAUUUUUUAUUUACAUCAUCAAUGGUGCUGUAUUUGACAUUUUAUCAUGUCAAAAUAGGCUGAGAAAGCUGCUGUAUUAAACCCAUAUCCUACACUGAGCCACAACGACCCUGGUGCCCACGAGAUCGACUCUUCCGGUCGGCUCGUUUGUUGUUUCGUACAAUGUAUUUUUUCUGUGAUACUAUCCUGUAGCUUGUUCUUUUCCUUUGUUACAUCUUUGUUUUGAAUCAUGAUGAUCCUCCCACCUCACCAUUUUGCGAAAUUCUAGACGCAAGACUCAACAAGCAAGUUGCAACAACAGUUGCAGGCCCAACGACUCGUGGAUAUCGCUUUCACUUCGUAAGAUGUGGUACCUGUGUAUUAGAAUUGCUCAUCUAAGGCUCACUAGAAAAUGUGUGUUCAGCAAACAAAUUUUCACAAUGGCUUGGUUGAUGUGGUGCAAUUUCAUGUGCCUUUGAAUGCUCUAUUCUUUUACUGAAGCUGUUACUGAGCUUUGUUCUUAGUUAUGGACAAUAACAUCCUGUGAUCAAUUUCAUGCAUGACAAGAAGUAAUAAGCAAUUGAUAUUUGGUGCAGUUGGACAUAUACUCUUUCCUCUGAUGUUGCACUCAGUACAUGAGUAUGAGUGGUUGUAGUCACAACAUAUGUAGGUAUUGCAACGUAUUGCUGACUGUGCCAACCUGUCCUCACCCUAGAAGGGGAAAGGACAUGACAAUACUGCUUGGUGAAAUCGUUAUGAUCAUAGCCCACAUGUUGUGUGCAAGGUGAGAGGAAAGAUUGGGGGCUGCACAUUCAAACUUUACAUCCUCUGAUUUUAUUCAUCAUUCACACUUGCUUGUACUCAUAAAUGCUGAAAAAGAAGCGAAUCCAGGAUUCUUGGCUUGAAGUACCGUAUGCUUGAAGAAUGCCCAUGCGCACUGUAGUGUUGAUGUAUGUUGUAUGUUUUGGAACUGAUGCAGUGCUUCAGUAUCUUCAUGAUGAGAUGUCAGUUGCCAUUGCUUUCGCCCUGUCUCAUCGUGCGCUUCAUGAGCCUGGGUCUCCUGCAUUUCCUUCCUUCCAUGAAACCUGUUGCAGUUCAACGUGUGCUUACAUUGUGGCCUUAUGCACCGUCUGAGAUUGAAGGCAUCUUCUCGUUAGGUUUCAUAUCGUGUGUACAAUUUCCUGCCUUUAAUUACGCCAUUGCCAUUUGGUUCGACGACCCGAUGUCCAGAUUCUGCCGUCCAAGUGCCCUUUUGGUGCUCGAAUCAUCAAAUGUAGCUUUCCCCAUCGGAGCUUUCGCAAUCGUAGGCAUUCCUCUGUAUAGCGAUCUCAAUUAAGCUUUGUUGAAUCUAGCCAGAUCGAUAUUUGAUGUUGGGAAUGAUAUUCUGUCUUUCAUCUAGACCGCUUUCAUUCCAUCCCUUUGUGCUAGUUGAGUUUUUUGUAGAGCCUAACCCAUGCUUAUCCUCAGCUUGCGAGAAGUACCUACUUUAGUGAAUUGGACUCAGUGAAACAAUUUCUAUU